AUGUCUUGCCACGAGGAAGCCAAUGAGUGGGUUUCAACAGUUUCUCAAAAAUUCCUCUUUCUUCAUCUUUAUACCUUCAUCAUGUUAGAACUUCUUAUUUUUUCAGUCAAAAUUGCAAAUAAAAUCUUGCAUAAACGCCCCAAAAUUUGGCAAUCUCCGCCGUCCACAGAAACUUCGCCGCCGCGAAGUCGAUCGGGAUGGGGCAAGGCGAUCGGGCUGAACCACUGCAGCCCAAAAUCUCAACUGUCUAUUUCCCGAGCCGCGAAGUCCCCAAACAUAUACCAUUCUUUUCCCCAAGGAUCGUACGCUGCUCGAAAAUGCGAGGGAUCAUAUUUGCUCGGUGAUCCUCCAUACAAGUACAAACAUAAUGAAGCUGUGAACUUAUGCUUCAAUAAAUUCUACCUUCACAAUAAUAACAUUACAUCUUCAAACCAAGAGUUCAACUUUUACAAAGCUUUUACAAAACGUCCGCUUCUCUCCAUCUUACAGCUACAGGUUGGUCACAGUUCUUCUGUAAGGUCUGAAAGUUGGUUAAUUAGUAUUUUCAGUUUGAAGAAAAGGAAGUCAAAAAUCGUUGUCCAGGUAAAAAUGUCGAGGAAAUAUCUUUCAAUCAACCAAGUUGAUGAUCAUGUUGAAGGCUGGACGGUGUUAAUUCAGGUGGUGGAACGCAGCCAUAUCAUGCUCGAUCGAAAAGGUUCAACUACACUUAGACGUCACCUGUUAACUGAUUCAGAGGUAAUAUACAAGUACACGGAGAAUCGUUCUUUUGUAGUAAACAGCAUAAAGGCAGGCACUUAUAAAGAUCCAACAAUUCUGUUCUCACCUCCUGCCGACCAAGACAUUUUAGACAUUGAAACAGCACUAGCUAUUUUGAAGGAUGAAAAAACUGCUUGGGUAAAAGGAACUCUAAAACUAGCAGCCAAUCAUCGCUCGAUGUGGUUUAGUGCAUGUGGAAACUGUCUAAAGUCUAUUAACGCUCCUCUAGAUUGGAACAUAAAAUGCCCAACUUGCAACCAAGAAACCACUGUGACAGCAAGAUGUCGUCUCGAGAUAAUCAUUUGUAACGAAACAGCAAAAAUGAAUGCAUAUCUCUAUGGAAAAGAUGCUGAAAAUCUGAUACCUUUCACACCUUUGCAAUUAAAAGAAGCAGAGCUCCAGGGGCGGAGUACUUAUGCUGAAGUGGCAGCUGCAAUAGGGAAAAAAGAAGUCAUUUGUUUUGUUCGCCAUUACAGCAUUGACUCUCCCAGAGCAAGUAAUCAAGAAACAGGUAGCCAAGUCGGAAAUCAUCACAGGUACACCGUUAUCAAACUGUACACAGCAGAAGAAACUCAACAGAGAAAAUUAAACCACUUGGUUGAUCCUUUUGAUACCUCUGGUCAUGGGAAGUCUAUUGCCAACAUUAACUCAAGUGGUUCAUCGAGUCAGCAGAUUGCUUUUGACAACUUCAUUGAUCAGACUAUGCAAGAAAAGCAAUUUUUCAGCCCUACUACAAGCAAAGUGUUGGAAGCAACUGCUGGAAAUGUAGAGGAAACUUCAGCUUCAAAAAACCCUAAACCCACAGCAAAAAGACCUCUUGCUUACACAGAUGAUGCAAUGGAAACAGAUCUCCCAACAAGAAACACCUGCACCACACAAAAAACCACGAGAAAAGAAUGAUUGAACCACUAACUACCCAAGAUCUUCAGCAUGGUAGCUUUUGUGUUAUUAAAACAUCAUUUUGCUAAUGCUUUUUGCUAUAUUAGUGUUAUUAAGCAAUCACAGUGCUUAAUAAAUGCUAAUAUAUUUGUCAGUUACUCCUUUUGUUAUGUAUCUAUAUGAUGUUAUACUUUUAAUACUCCACUUUAUCAGCUGCUUCUUUUGUUGUAUAUAUGUAAUGUGAAAUGCAAGAAAUGCAUGUACUACAUAACUAAUUGGCUAUGUUUAAUUAAGGUGUUUCUUCUUUUGCAUAAAAUAAGCGUAUCCUCGUGAAUCGUGAUUAGUCAUUGUAGUAAAUGCAUGUUCAAGUUUCUUUGCUUCUUUAUACACUUUUUUGCAAUAACUGUUGUAAAUGUGAU